AACUUGUGACAUGCUACACAAGGCUACACAAGGCUACACUUCAAAAUCAUGGGCAAACUGUCUGUCUUUUUGUUUGUGCUUUCAUUUUACACCAUUGUCAACGCAGGUUCAGGAUCACAUUCUCUGUGGGCACUUGCAACAUACAUAAUCGGAGAGACACCUUUCCCUGAGUUUACGGUUGUGUUGAUGUUGGAUGACGUUCAAAUAGGUUACUAUGAUUCCAACAUUAAACAAUCUGUCUACAGGGGGCACCAUAUCACAGACAAUAUUAAUGAUGAAGCUCAGGAAGGAAUUUAUGUACUUGGAACUAUGUACCGCCACAUGAAAGAGAGAUCGUUUCGCCUAAAAUACCACUUAAAUCUCACGGAAGGUGUUCAUGUUCAGCAAAGAAUCGGUGGCUGUGAGAUACUGCACAAUGGUGAACCGGCCCUGAUCAUGACAAAGAACUCUUUUAAUGCAGAUUUUGCAGAUUAUGCGGUAUAUUACAACAUGACACAUUUUACAUACGAUUCUGGGCAACUACUACUCGGAUAUAAUUGGAUGAGGCAAGCAACUGAAAGAACACUUUAUACUAAUGUUUGGCUUCCUAUUUGCAUCAACACACUGAAAAAAUGCCUGAACAGAGAGAAGAAAUGUGUGAUGCAGAGAGUUCCUCCCAGACUCAGGUUGAUAAAGAAAGAGGUUUCUGGAGGCCUCCGGGUGAGCUGCCUAGCGUUUGGUUUCUACCCUCGCCACAUCAACCUGACCCUGCUGAGAGACGGCCAUCCUGUGGCAGAACAGGAGCUGACAGGGGGGGAGGUUCUGCCUAGUGGAGAUGGGACCUACCAGCUGAGGAAGAGUCUGGAGGUCAGUACUGAGGAGCUAAGAGAGAGACACAACUACACCUGCACUGCCUCUCACCUCAGUCUGGACAACAAGCUGGAUGUCAGUUGGGAGUCUGGGGCGGAGAGAGUUCGCCUAUUCAUCCUAUCAGCUCCACUGGUGAUGGUAGUGAUUGUUAUUCUAUUGGGCAUUUUAAUUUGCCUCGCAAGGAGGAUACGCGCCGCCUCGCAGAAUUUGUUGCAACUAGCCAGCGUUGAUUCAAAAGAGGCCGAUGAAAAAUGAACCUGUCAUCAGAUUCUGAGACCUAAUAUUUUUUUGGGACACUGAUGCAACUUUGUCAAUUCAGCUCAAUUCACAAUGACACCUAUGACUAUGAGGGCAGACACAAAAUGUGCAAAUCAUUAUUUUAUUAUCGGUCGACUAUUAAAGGAUCAGGAGACUGUUGUGGAGACUGUUGACAAUUACAAAUAUCUGGGCAUUGGUCCAGAUUUGCAUUUAUAUAUUUUACAUUAACAAAAUUACUUUUUUAAUUAUUUCUGUUAUGUCAUUAUUUUGAAUCAUUACUUUUCAUUAAUUACACAAUACACUUCAUAUCUGUGUUGUAUUAGCUGAUAUCCAGAAUCUAAACCAGGAGACAGUGGCGUGUAUUCAUGGAUGCCAAGAGAAGCCAGGCUUCCCCAAAAAAUUACCAAGAAAAAA